AUGAUGAAUAAUAAUCAAUUGUAUUAUGAUGAUGAUGAAUAUUAUGAUAAGCAGAGAGGAAGGGCCCUUUCGCAAUCCUCACAACACAAUUACAUUCCCACCACUCAUUAUGGUUCCAUUGAUAGUCAUGAAGAUAAGCCAUCAACAAAUCACAGAAUUUCAUCAUCUAAUCAUUUUGUAAAUUCUUCUCCUUCAAUGAUGAGUAUUAAUGAUGGUGGUGGUGCUCAUGGUGCUGAUGACAAGUUUGUCAAACAUGGAAUCGGAGGAAAUAACCAGACAUCAUUGUACUAUUACUCAUCUGCUGCUAAUGAUCAAGGCAAUUCUGUUGUACAUGAAAAGAAGAGCCUUGUCAUUGCAAGAAUGUUGGAAUCAUUGAUUUUAACAGUGGGAUUCUCAAUGACGUUUGGAAGUGUUAUUAGAUUCCCUUAUUUAGUGCACCAAUUCGAGGGAGGUGCAUUCUUUAUACCAUAUAUUGUAUUAUUAGUGAUCAUUGGAGCUCCUUUGAUUAUUUUGGAUUUCACAUUGGGUUCUAUUGCCAAGCAAUCGAUUGUCUUUGCAUUGGGAAGGUGGAAUAGGAGAGCUAGUGGAAUUGGAAUGGCAGCAAUUGUUUUUGGAAGUUUGAUUAUUGCUUCUUAUUAUUCUGUGAUUACUUGUUGGAUUGCAACUUAUUUUGGAUAUGUUUUUAUGGAACAAUUUCCAUGGUCUGAUAAACCAGAAACCUUCUUUCACGAUGAAAUAUUGCAUCUCUCAGAUCACUCAUUUGAUCUUUCAGGAUUCCUUUCAUGGCCAAUACUGGUUUCUCUAGUUUGUUUCUGGUUUCUUACCUAUUGGCUCGUUUUUGCCCAGUACAUCAAUAGAUUUUCUCGAGUCAUCAUUUCAUUAUUGAGCUUGUCGUAUCUGGUGGUUAUGAUUGUUGUAUUGGUUAGAGUGUCAUUGGAAAUUGGAGCUAGUUCAGGAAUGUUGCAAUUCCUCAGACCAAAUUGGAGCUUAUUAGCAAAGGGAGAUUUAUGGUUGGGAGCUUUUGGACAAUUAUGUUUCACAUAUGGUAUUGCCAAUGGUGCUCUUGCUAUUCAUGCUUCACAGUACAAGACGAAGAAGGAUACUAUUUUCACUUCGUGGACUAUCAUUUUCUUUGGAUUGUUAUUUUCCUUAAUUAGUGGAUUGACCUAUUAUGCUAGUUUAGGUUAUCUUUCGACUACUAGGACCAGUCCUUAUGAAAUCAAUUCACUCUUUACUCCUGCGAUUGCGAGUCCUCUAUUCGUCAUGAUUGAAGUAGUUUCUAGAUUAUUCCCAACACCACAAAUUUUUGUGUUCAUUCUCUUGCUUUCUCUAGUCUUUGUUGGAUUUAACAGUAUAAUGUGUUUUGUAGAGUCCAUGAUUGAUAUUGUCAAGAAUCAAAUACCUCGUAGAAAUACCAGACGAUUAGUUGUUUCAAUUAUUGUGGUUUGUCUCAUUUGUGUGAUUGCAGUGCCAUUCACACUCUCCAAUGGGUAUUAUAUUUUGGAAAUUGUAGAUCACUAUGUUGGAAAUUAUGGAAUGGGAAUGAUUGCCAUGAUGGAAUGUGUCAUGAUUGGAUGGUUCUCUUCCAACCAAGAUGGAGGAGUCAAUAGAAAAAAGAAAAAGGCACUCAGAAGAACCAAAUCAAUAACCUAUUGGAUUUCUAUUUGCCAAUACUUUUCAAAACGUUGGAAUCAAUUCCGUUUGGAAAAGAAUUGGAAUAAUUUCAAACAGGUUUCCUUCUUUUCUAUUGAACAUGUAAGGGAACGAUUCUCCAAGGAAACUUCAUUUGGACCUUACAUUUUGUGGAGCAUUUCCAUCAAGUACAUUGGACCUGUUCUAUUAUUCAUACUCGUUGUUUGGAAUAUUGUAACUGAGUGCAUUCAACCAUUUUCUACCAAUCAUAGAAAUCAAUCACCUGAUGGAAAGAUUGUUUAUGAAUAUGACAUUUUGUCACUUGUUUUGGGGUGGAUGUUGGUCAUCUCAUGUUUAUUUGUAUUUGUAAUAUUUGGAGUUUGGCCUUCUGUUAGGGAGAGGGACGAAGUUGGAGGAGAUGAAGUUAAAGAAUUUGCCAAUUCACUUGAUUCAUCCAGUUUGAAACAACCUUUAUAUAGUUCAUACUCUGAUUUUGGUGAUACUAGAUCUGAAAUAUCAUCCAAUAUUGAUUUGGAUACACAAGAUGGUCAAUUACAUUAA